AUGGCUCUAGACAGCAAGCGGAAGGAGCUGCUGUUGGGAACGCUGAAGGAGCUUGGGGAGGACGAGUUCGAGGAAUUCAAGUUCUUUUCGGACCUGCCUCAAAGCGUACAAGAAAACCCCAGCCGGGUGAUCAUUGCUAACGCACUGGUGAAGAAGCAUGGCGAGAAUACUCUGGAGGAGACCAUCAAGAUUCUGGAAAAGAUUGGCAACAAGAACUUGGCCGAGAUGCUGCGUGGCAAUGUGCUGGAAAUAAAAGGCGCCGUCUUCUCCGUCCAUGAUGAUGAUCAGAUUGCCAGAUUGAAGGCGGACCUGCAAGACAACCUGCGGGAUUUAUACAGCUUUGUUCCCGAAGGCAACAUCGAGCGCUGGCAGCAGCAGCCUCUGGACGACGUCUACACGGAGCUGGACGUCACCUACGGGGCCGACGUCAGGCCCGACGAGCGACACGAGGUCCUUCAGAUGGAGACGCGUGCCGCCGCGGCCAAGAAGUCUAUCCUGCCGUGCGACAUCUUCAAAAGCCAUGACGAGCAGCCGCGACGGAUACGCACGCUGCUCACUGUCGGCUUCGCGGGAAUAGGGAAAACCUUCCUGGUUCAAAAGUUUGUGUGUGACUGGGCCAGCGGAAAUACCAACCAGGACGUGCACUUCAUAUUUCCCUUCACAUUCCGUGAGUUGAACACCGACAAAGGGAAAAGUUUUACGCUUGCUGAGCUUAUCCGUCGCUACGUCUGCGAUAGCAGACACAUAAGCGAGGAGACUCUGAACAUUAUAUUAGACGACCUGCAGAAGUCCGGGAAACAGUACUAUGAACGCAGCAGGAUCAAGAUCUUGUUUGUCUUGGACGGACUGGACGAGUGCAACUUUAAAAUGGACUUGAAGAAUCAGAUGAAAGUAGACAUGGAUGUGAAAAAACCCUACCCGCUGGAGGUGCUCCUGGCGCACCUCAUCAAGAGGAACCUGCUUCCUUGCUCCCGGGUUUGGAUCACCACGCGGCCCGCGACGGCCCGUGAUAUCCCCUCCGAGCUCAUUGACAGCAGAACAGAGGUGAGAGGAUUCAGUGAUUCCAUGAGGCUGGAGUACUUCAGGAAAAAGUUCCCAAAUGAGGAGCGUGUCAUUGAGCACAUCCGAAAAACUCGCACCAUCUUCAUCAUGUGCCACCUGCCCAUCUUCUGCUGGCUCACCGCCACAGUUCUUCAGGAUCAUUUGGACAAAGGGAACGAGGGAGCACUUCCCAGAGAGAGAGAACUUCCCACAACGCUGACAGACAUAUGCUCAGAGUAUGCUUUUAACCAGCUGGACAAGUCCAAGGAGCGACAGACGACCGAGUACGCCGAUUACGUGAAAGCGCUAGCAAAGCUGGCGUUUGACCACACCAUGAGUAAGCAACAGAUCUUCUACGAGAAAGACCUGGCGAAAAGCGGAUUUGAUUACAGCCAAGCCGCAAAACACUCCGGAAUAUUCACCGAGGUGUUUAAGGAGGUCCGUCCGCUCAGAAGAAACCAACAGGGCAAGAUGUUUCAGUUCGUCCAUCUGACCAUCCAGGAGUAUCUAGCCGCAUUCCACGUGAUGAUUUGCCUCUUUCACGACAAUAAGAACAUACUGGCUGAUUCAGAGCAGGCACUGGAAUGUGUCUUCCAAGAAGAAGAAGAAAAAUCAGAAGUAUUAGAAGAAACAGAAUCAGAAGAAGAUACAGAAGAUGAAGGUGAUUGGAAAAUCACUGAGGUUCACCGGUCAGCUCUUCAGAAAGCCUCGGAGAGUGAAGGACACCUGGACAUGUUUGUCCGCUUCCUCCUUGGCCUUUCCUUGCCGUGCAACCAGGAAAUAGUGGGGGAACUGCUGAAGGCUCCUCAGGACUGCAGGCAAAGCAAGUCAAAGACAGUCAAGUUGAUCAAGGAGAGGAUAAAACGGAGCACCCCAGAGAAGAACAUCAACUUGUUCUACUGCUUAAACGAGCUGAAAGACAACUCUUUGCUGAUGCAGUUUCAGAAGAAAAAUAGUUCAGACAAAAUUGACUUGGACAACAUGCCAAAUGACAUGUGGUCAGCCUUUGCCUUCUUCUUACUUGCAGACGACAAAACCAUGAAGAGCUUUUGCCUGAGGAUUUACAACCCAUCGCCUUUGGGGCUCCAGAAGCUGUUGGUGGUGGUCAAGGCGUCUGAAAAAUCAGAUCUAAGCUCUUGUUACCUGGACAAAGACAGCUGUCACCUGCUGGUUUCCGUUCUCAGCUCUCCAUCCAACCUGAGGCAUCUGGACCUGAGCAAGAACGAUCUCUCAGACGAGGGUGUUGAGAUCCUCUCGAAAGGACUGAUCAGCCCAAACUGCAUCUUAGAAUCCCUUUUUCUAAGAUUGUGUCGCCUGGAAAAACGCAGCUGUCACCUGAUGGCUUCUCUUCUCAGCUCUCCAUCCAACCUGAGGCAUCUGAAUCUGAGCUGGAACGCUCUGUCGGAUGAAGGGGUGGAGAUCCUCUCAAAAGGACUGGCCAGUCCACACUGCAAAUUAGAGUCCCUCACUCUAAGUCACUGUCUGCUGGACAAAAGCAGCUGUCACCUGAUGGCUUCCCUUCUCAGCUCUCCGUCCAACCUGAGGCAUCUGGACCUGGGCGGGAACAAUCUGUCGUACGAAGGGGUCGCGAUCCUCUCGAAAGGACUGGACAGUCCACACUGCAAAUUAGAGUCCCUCAAUCUGAAUGAAUGUCGCCUGGACAAAGGCAGCUGUCACCUGCUGGCUUCCGUUCUCAGCUCUCCAUCCAACCUGAAGCAUCUGGACCUGUCCCAGAAUGAUCUGUCGGACGAAGGGGUGGAGAUCCUCUCAAAAGUACUGGCCACUCCAAACUGCAUCUUAGAGUCCCUCAAUCUAUCUAGUUGUAACCUGGAAAAAGGCAGCUGUGACCCGCUGGCUUCCUUUCUCAGCUCUCCAUCCAACCUGAUGCUUCUGGACCUGAGCGGGAACAAUCUGUCAGAUGAAGGGGUGGAGAUCCUCUCGAGAGGACUGGCCAGUCCAAACUGCAUCUUAGAGUCCCUCAAGCUGAUAUAUUGCAAGAUCACGGAUAAAGGAUGCGGUUUUUUGGCUGAGCCGCUCAAGUUAAACACCUCCCAUCUUAAACAGCUGUACCUUUGGGGCAAUCCAAUAGGUGAAGAAGGAAAGAGGGUCUUAUCGGAUGUCGAAAAGGAUCCCAGCAAUCGCCUGAAGACUGUCGGGCGGGCUUUUGAAGAGCACCGAAGUAGGGUGGAAGUCUGGACACAAUUGAGAACCACAGACAAGAGCGUGUGGCUGCCCGAGCACAGACACUCAUCGGCUGGCAACCAUGAUUUAGUUCAGUCCUACGUACUGUCCGACGACCUCAAGAGCACCGGGUGUCAGCGCUACGGGCAAAAGUGGCCUUGCUCACCUAAUUUGAGGAGGUUCACCCGCUGGCGUUGGGUGUUUUGCUGCUCCUGGGAGGUGGAGUUCAAGGGGAAGGUCUACCAUGCUGCCACCAAACUACUCGCAGCUUUUUUCUGA